AUGCGCAGGCACGCCAGCUAUCCCUACACGCAAACGGCCCCCACGAACAACAGGUAUUCGGGGACCAGCAGUGCCUUCAGUGCGAGUGCAAACCCAAAUGAGGACUGGACGAAGAUAUCAGAUCUAGCAGAACGGAGAAGAAUACAAAACCGUAUUGCUCAGCGAAACUACCGCAAAAAGCUAAAGAAGAGGCUCGAGGAUCUGGAGCGGAGAGCCGCGUCAAGUUCUGCCUCGCCUGAGCAGACGCCCGCAGAGCUUGACCGGUCACACUCGCGGUCCCGUGACGAUGCACGGGAACAUUCUGUGGAGGCAUCCGACAUAACAGACCGGGGUCGGCGUACGCCGGAGUUGUGUUACAGCCAGUACUCCGGAGUCACUGACGACCGGAGUACAUACGCCCAACAUUACUCGCGUCAAAUGUCGGCGUCUCCGCCAUUGUUUUCGUACGCGACCUACCCGGAUGGCACGACAUACCCGCCAUACUCCCAGCACUCCACCUACCAGUCAUUACCAGUCACGACAUCAGAGUAUCCGAACUAUGGCAAUUACCUACCGGUACUGUCGUCCGAGUACCCCGCGGUCUACUCCGGGACAAUGCAAGCACUAAAGCCCGGAAAGUAUGCCGGCGAGGAGAUGAGUCCGUUUAGCAUGAGCUACGCCAGUAUGGCCGGUAUAGACAUACCUGCCAUGCAUCCGUACCAAGAAUCAAUGCUCCAUGUACACGCCGCCGCUUUCUGA